CCCGCCCUGGGAGGAGUGGAUUCAUCAUAAGCAGAUCUGGAGACAGGCAGGAUGUGAACGCGCUCUCGCGCAGCUGGAGCUGAAAGGUAAUGAUGACUUUGACAAAGAUAAAGGCAGAAGUUUGGUAUUAGAUCAGUUCGGUUCCAGUCGGUGUCCGCUUUAACUUUUAAUGUUUUGUGACGAGGAGAGCGACACUGAGUCGUCCGCGUGCGGAUCUGGAUUUCCUCUCCACAUCAUCCCUGUUUCUGUGAUUCACUCUGUUAAGUGUGUCAGGAUGGGCUAAAAACAAUUGCUAGCACCUGCGCACCAUACACCUGGACCCUCCACAGUCUCACCUGUGCACAGGUGGUGAGUCUCGACACCAUGCAGGGACCUCGGAGGAAGGUGAAGGUCAUGAUGAUGAUGACAAUGGUGUUCAUCUUCAUAGUGGUGGAGGUCUCUCGCAAUACUGGGAAGGGUGACGGCAAUAAAAAUAAGCAGCUGGUUCCCACGAAGCGUUUCUGGGCAAAAGAUCUCCCCAGUGAUGCCUACUGGAAUCGCCGGCAGCAACAGCUGAACUACAUCAACAAUCGCAACCUAGAAAAGCUCAACUUCACGAUUGAUAAGCUUCCAGACUGGCUAAACGACACAGUCAGUCUGGACUCCUGUGAGCCGGACUUCAGGGUGACCACCCAAGUCAAGGAUUACAACUUGCUACCGGAUCGCUUCAAGGACUUUCUGCUUUACAUGCGCUGCAGGUCCUAUCCCAUCGUGAUGGAUCAGCCAAACAUAUGCAAAGACCCACCGUUCCUCCUCCUAGCUAUUAAAUCUUUAGUCCCGCACUUUGAUCGACGUCAGGCCAUCCGUGAGUCGUGGGGCAAAGCUGGCCUCCUUGCAAACAGAACGGUCAUUACGGUGUUUCUUCUUGGAAAUGCAGCCACGGAGGACCAUUUUCCUGAUCUCUCGAAGAUGCUUCUCCAUGAGAGCUCCAUACAUGGAGAUAUUCUUCAAUGGGACUAUAGGGACACCUUCUUCAACCUCACCAUCAAGGAAGUGCUUUUCCUGGAAUGGCUGAACACCCGCUGUCCUGGAGUCAGUUACGUCUUCAAGGGCGAUGACGAUGUUUUUGUUAACACCAUCCGCAUUAUAGACUUCCUAAUCAAUCUUUCUCAUGCCAAAGCCAAGGAACUGUUUGUAGGAGAUGUGAUUACCAACGCUGGUCCACACCGGGACAAAAAGGUCAAGUAUUUUAUCCCGGAAAGCAUGUUCGUUGGAACAUACCCUGCUUAUGCGGGUGGGGGUGGUUAUUUGUUCUCGGGACAGUUGGUCCAGAAACUUCAUUACGUCUCGAGGUUGGUGCCCCUCUACCCCAUCGAUGAUGUCUACACAGGUAUGUGCCUUAAGAAACUGGGCCUUGCUCCUGAGAAGAACAAAGGCUUCAGGACCUUUGAUAUCGAGGAGAAAUAUCGCGAUAAUGCCUGUGCCUAUAACAGCCUGAUGCUGGUCCAUCCCAGAAGUCCUCAACAUAUGAUUAAAAUCUGGGCCUGGCUGAAUGACCCAGCUUUGAACUGUCAGUGAACUGCUGAUCCAGGGUUUUGGCUGCUUUAAAGGGACAGUUCACCCAAAAAUGCUAAUUCUGUCAUCAUUUACACACCCUCAUGACAUUUUAAAACCGUAUGAUUGACUUUCUGUCUUUUCUUUCAUUCGUUUGACCAGAAAAACGCUGUCACGGAUCCCUUUUUUUUUGGUCCCCAUUGACUUUCAUUAUUAUAUGGACGUCUUUUGUGUUCUGCAGUUUGGAACAACAUGAGAUAAAAUUGUCAUUUUUGGGUGAACUAGCUCUUUAACAUUUUACCAUUGUUCUACUGUGAUUUUAUUUAGCAUCUUUAUGUACUUCAUUUCAUGUCAAAGGUCAGAAGCGAUGAUGAGCUCUUUAGAUGUAUAUAUUUCAAAUGUAGCUCUAAAUUGCUACCACAUAGUAUUUCAAUGGCUUGACUUUGUGUCAACAAAUUCUGCUGAUAAUGUUACAAGUAGUUAUACAGUGCUCUGUGGGUGUGAGAUCAGCGGUGCUGAGGAUUGUGGGAAAUGUAGUUCAGCUGGUCUGAACAUGGAACAGACGGUACACAGCACACCUGAGCAUAAAUAUCUGUUGAUCAUUUUGAUAAAAUGUGGUUUCUUUUUCUAUAGGAGAAUUAUGUUGCAUUAUGCUAAAGUGAACAGACAUGUUUGAACACUCUAUGCAGCCAUCACAAGCCUAAUCCAUACUUGUUGCUCUAGUUCUCUGUAAUGUGUAUAGGAACAUUAUAUUGCCUUCCUGUUUAUAUUAUAUUUAAUAUUGCCACAGCCCAUGCUCUUUUAGAUUAAUGAUGAGUUUGUGGGGACAGGGGUUUUGGAUACCAACUAAAUAUAGGCAGUAAUGACUUCAUGCAUUACUGGCUCUUUUCCUUCUAGAUCAUUUAUUCUUUUUCAGGAGCAGACAAUCAGUUGCAAGUCAUAAAGCUUUGUAUUAACAGAUUAGCCAAACUGGGUCAUUGCGUCAAAGAAAUGUUUAAAAUGUACAAAAUCAUUAACUCUGCUUCGCUGGAAAAACCAGACGAUGUGCUUGCUCCCCUCUCAGAUCUGAUUCUCAGGAUGUUUUUCGAGAGUUUUGGUCAAGCUUGCAAAUCAGAGAUAAGAACGUUCAGAGCUAUGGGUUUCAUUUUCCAUUUAAAAUCCAGGGAUCCCACAAUUUACCUUCUUAACUAAAUGAAUGAAACUUUGCAGCCAGUUUUCCAGACCUAAAUUAAGCCUAUCGCUGUCUUGACCAUUCUGUCCUUGCUUUUUUCCCUUCUAUAAAGAGGCCAGGAAACGGGUCUCAGCUGGAUGACUUAAUUACUGAAUUUUACACAGUGGCCCCCAACUAAGUUACAGUGACCCCUGCUGGUCUGCAUAUGUUUUUUUUUUGUUUUUGUUUUUUAAAUAAACACUGGACUUUUUUCAAAAUUGUCUUAAGCUUGAUUGAAUAUUUAAAUCAUGUCUAUGGCAUGCCAGUCAACUAGAAAUAUAUUUUUUCUGUUACCGUUCACCAUCAACUGUGUCUACUAUUAAAGACACUUAGGCCUAGUAAUUUCCUAGGGUGUGCUGAAUAUAUCCGCUCUAUAAAUAUAAUCUGUUACUCUUCGUUCUGCCUCAUUGGUUGCUUGCUGAAGAGCUAAAUCAAGCUCGUGUCACGUAGUGUUUAUGUAGUGUCACAGUUUGUGGUGUUUAAUAUUACGUUGUCCACCCAGCUAUGAGGAAUGAGGGCUAAGGAUGUGUGAUUUAUAUUGUCUCUGCUAACAGCAAGACAAGCACACCAUUUAACAGCCUGAUGUAGUGUUUGGUGGGAGGAACAAAGUGUUUACAUGAGUUCAUGAACAGUACAAAAAGCUUGUAUUUAUAAACUACAAUUUUAUCCAUGAAAGGUAGAUUAUGCAAGUUUUUAUACACUGGUAUUUACUGUACUCCUGUGAGUUCUCAAACUCUUCAGGCCGUUGUUACUCUUGCAUCUGUGCAUAACAUUGAAGAAAACAAACUCUUAUGUUGUUCACAACUGUGAUGUUUAGAAAUGUCUAGAAAUUCUUUUAAAAAGCAAUUUAGUUUCUUUUGAUACUGCCUUGAAAAUAAUUCGUUAUUUCCAUCAUAAGAUAUUUGAAUGUUAAUACGAUGCCUUAAAUGUGGCUUUAGUUGUGCAUGUAUGUAUGUAUGUGUAUUUAUGUUGACGUGUGUGUGUAUAUGCUGAGGAGUAUGAUCAUGAAAAUCCAGUUCUAAAAAUGAAACCAUGAUUCUUUUUGUAUUUUUGAAUUAUCACUCAGUCAUGUGUCUAUAUGGAAUUUUUGGAACAUUCAUUUUAUUUCACUUUUCCCACACAAAUAUUUUUAGAACAGUCAAAUGACUUUUUUUGCCACAUUUAUAUGCUGAUUAUUUUCUGACAAUGCCUCUUACCAAAAAACACAUUGUGAACUACACAAACGUUAUUACUAAAAUGUGCCUGUUAAUUCUGAUUGUUAAUCUUCUGAUUGUUAAUUGUUGUCUGUCUUUUGUAAUUGAAUAUGCACAUUUGUUUAUUUUCUCAUGUUUAUGACUGCCUUUUUUUAAUUUAAUUAAUGUAAUAAGUGGAAUAAACUGAUGUCUUGUACCAUU